AUGUUUAGAUCUCGUCCCAGACUGCUUUUCGCAGCCGUCAAGCCCAGACGACCCAUUUCCUACUGGAACGUUGGGGCAAACAUCAAGCAUUUCCGUCACGCGAUGAAGAAUUCGGACUCGCCGUCGCUCGCCGUGCGGCUGCUGUAUCUGGGCGGAAUCGCAGCUGGCCUCAACCUGGCAUUCAAUUCCAUGCUUUUCGUGCUCACCAACAUGUACAUGAACGAGCUCGAGACCAUAUCAUGGGACUUUGGUUUUCGGGCUAAUAGCGAGUUUAAGAACGGCCUUGCCAACGAGAUGAUCGUGAACGAUCCGAAAAAGGCCAACCAGCACUACACUAACGCUCUGAAGCUCGUCAGCAAGGCAAAUGGGUUAGGAGAAGACGAGCUGCUUGGCUACAAGCAACUCGACAGGCAUUCACAACAAAAAGAUAUUUCGUACAUCUCAAGCUAUAGCGAUCUCGUUCUACGUUAUGCCCUGACGCUGGGCUCCAAGAGCCGGGACCGGGCCGUGGAUUGCAUCCGUUAUGCGCUCGAAAUACAGAAUGUAUACGGACGCAAAGCACAAAGAGAAGUUGGGGCGUACUCGCUCCGAAAUCUGGGUCUACGCUACCUUGCAGACGUAGAGAAAGAGAACCAGCGUAUGGAUACGGCUGUAAAUCUGCUCAAUGAGGCCAUUCAAGUGAUGCAGAAACACGAGUUCUCUCAUUCGCCAGAACCAGACGAGGUUCCACCUACAGAAACUUGCUCAACGCAACUAGUUUCCUCAAUCAUCGAGCUGUGCGUUCUGUACGCUUCGACGCGCGAACCGACCUACAUGAACAAAUCAUUUAAGCUGCUGCUGUCGCUGCUGACAAAUCUUGAAAACGAGUCGCGCGCACUCGCGAAGAGGUCGCAGCCAGACGCUAAAAACAUCAAGUCAGACAAAAUCCCGCUCCUCAAGCUGCAACUCAGCGAAAUACUAUGGUACAAGGGACAGCACGGACCUGCGCUAGAGUUUGCCAAAGAAUCAGCAUGCCAGGCAGACUUGUUCUCCCGAGACAAUGCAAACAGCGCAAAGAUCGCCAAAGUCGGCUACCAAAAUCUUGCUACCAUGUAUUCUGAGCUGGGGGACAACGAGGCCGCGGAACUGUGCAUCCUGAAGGCCAGCCGCGUCGAAAUUCCCGUCUCCGCAUUCGAUUCACCUUCCCGAACCGUCAGAAACACUGUUUUGCGGCAUUAUCUAGGGCCCUGGAGCGUUGCAUUUUUCGCUUAA